AUGGCGUCGACGAGAUAUGUGAUGUUGUUUCCUCUGAUACUAGCACUGCUUGUUUUCUUCGCAAACGCGAUUCCUCAAGACGCGAUCAACGAUCUCUGCAGCCAAACGCAGGACAAGAACUUCUGCCGUAACACCAUAGGUGCCGACCCGCGAACGAAGGCAGCGGCCGACUUAAACGGCGUUCUGUUAGUCGCUACAUCGCAAACGAUAAAUCAAGUGAUCGAUGGAUCGAGCCAUAUUGACGCGAUCAAAGGCGGUAUAUCGGACGAGUUAGGGCAAAACCGACUCGGCGUUUGCGACUCGGACUACGAGAAUGCGCUUACAAAGUUCCAAGAAGCAUGGAGCAAAGCUAAUGAAGGUGCGUUCAUGGAGGUGAUCACCUUCGUACAGGACGGCACAAACGCAGUCAUCGACUGCAUCAAUGUCUACCGGAGGCAUGGUCCGAUCGAGGGCAAUCCACUCGAUUACUUUAACCAAAAUGUUUUUAAAUUAUCUGAAAUUAUUCUCAUCGUUAACAAUAAACUCAUAGGGUAG